AUGCAUCACACUGUAUGAAGAAAAGGUUUAAAAGUUUUUAUAAAAAAUUGUAUCAGUUUGACUUGUAUGCUGUGCUUUAUAAAAAUUGUUUUGAGUGUUUAAUUGUGGCUAUAAGACAUCUAAGUAAAUUACGUACAUCAAAAAUAUAAAUAAUAUAUCAAUUUACAUCGUAUGAUAUUAGAAUUCAUUAGAUUUGAAUAUUAUAGUUUCUUCAUCUAAAUUUAACUAUUUUGUUAUAUAAAUUAAAGAAUGAGAAUAUUCUUAAGGAAUAGAAUUACAUCUAACAUAUGCUUCAUUUAGAUAAGCUAUGGUUUUUUAGAAAAAUUCUAUUGUUGACUUCCAAUAAUGUAAAUUAUUAUAAGAAUGCACUGAUUUCGAUUUUCAUUUAAAAAAUUCUAUUAUUAUAUUAAGUUAAAAAAAUUCUUUCAUUUUUUUAAUAUGGAUUAUUUAGUUUAAAAAUUAAAUUUUUAUGUAUACACAUAAAUUAAGAAUCCAUUUGUAAAUUAAUUAUAGAAGUGGGUCCAUACAAACAUUUAUGAAUUAAUGAAAAAUAUUUUCGUAAGUCAAUAUUAUAUAUAUAUAUAUAUAUUUACCCAUUUACUUAUGAUUCAUAAUUUUUUUAUACAUUUAAUCAUCACAUAUAAUGACACAAUUCAAAUGGGCAGAUCUGUAUAGAAAGAUAAGUGCAAUUGUAUAUUUUUACAAAGUUUACAAGUGAUAAUUCCAUAAAAAAAUAUUAAUUUUUAAAAUGGUUGUUAACUGUGCAAUUCUAAAUCAAAUAAAUCAUUUAUACAGUUCUGCUAAUUUUAUACACAAUGUGUGAUUAAUAUAGAAUACUUGUGUGGGAUACAUUACAAUUAGUUCUAAGUGUGUCAUAGAUUUGUAACACUUUUUUCAAUUUUAAAAUUUUGAAAAAAAUGAUGAUUCAAUAUUUCUAAAAAUUUGAAAAAAGUUUAAAAAGGUAAAAUUUACUAAAAUGUUUUAGAUAUUACAUGAAUAAAUUUCGGAAUAUUUUGAAAUGUACUACAAAGAUGUUACAUAUCUAAACACUAAAAGCAUUCCAUAAUUAGGUUAAGAAGUUUAAUUAAUAGAAAUAAGAAUUGUAAGAAACAAUAGAUUAUUUUCUGUUAUUGUACUUAGGCUACAGAAAUGUAUGCAAAAUUCUAGUUGACAUUAAAGAAACAAUAAACAAUAAAAAUUAUCAUGUAUGUACUGUGUCUGUUUUUUAAUCAUAUAUAUAUAUAAUUUUUUUUAACUUUUUUUUACUCCUAUAUGUCCCUAUUUUUUUACUGGUGCGACUAUAGUGUAUUAUAAUACUAUAAUGUAUUAUAUACAGAAAUUAUAAUAAAAUGUAAUAUUUAUAAAUUUACAAUUAAUACUUAAAAAUUAUUAAAAAAUACAUACAUUAAAUAUACAUAGCAGAAACAUUUAUUUUCACUGCGUUAUUGCAUAUUUAAUUGUUAUCAAAUAUAAAUAUGUAAAUAAAUACUAAAUAUAAUAUAAAUGCGAAUAAGUAAAUUCAGCAAAAUUUACAUAUCUUUAUAUUUAACUUAUCGAAUUCAUUUAUUUUGUGAACAUUCGAGCUAUUUAUUGUAGAAUUGAAUUUAAUUCUUAUACACAGUUUUCAAAUUUCAUUAAAAAAAUAUUAAUAUAUAUUAUUCCGCUUAUACUUUCAAUUUUUAUUAGAUUAUUUUUUAAUAUUUUUGUAACAUAUUUAAUUAUUAAUUUUACCGUCAUCUUCGGGCAAUUGACUAAUUUAAUCAGAUAACAUAUAAAGUUAUUGAUCAAAUUCGAAAGGUGGACAGGCAUGCGCGUUUUUCUUGUAAAUGGCAAGAGGAUGAUGUUUUACAAAAAUUUGCAAGUGCUUUUCCAUUUUUUUACGGUCUUGUUAUACGUGUCCGGUGAAACAUCAAUGAGGAAAAAUGAAAAACACAUCAGCCUCAGAAACAAUUAUCAGAUGUGCCUCGACGCUUUUAAGAUCCACGAAGAUAAAAUUAUUCGAACGCAGGAGUCCCUAGACAUGGGUGCUAAGUAUUUAAAGGAAUUUGAUGUUAAUUCUAGAGAAGAAUGUUUGAAAUUCUGCUGUGAUACAGAAAGUUGUGACGUGUUUAUUUUCGAAGAAAAGAAACCUGGAAGUUGUUACCUUUUUCAAUGUGGCCCGUUGCAUGAUUUCAAAUGUAAAUUCACAAGUCAUGCUAAUUAUAGUAGUGCAGUACGUAGUAACUACAAUACACAUAGCAAUUCACAAUUGGAGAAGGAAAGUAGGAUUUCUCAACAAGAGCAUGAAUUGAAAUCUCUUAGAAAAUUGGUGGAACCAGCACCAGUAGAAUAUUCUUUCACAGAAUCUCCCAUGAAAUUAAUUGUGACACUGGCACCAAAAUUACCAUUAACAACAUCUCCACCUAUUAAACAAGUUUGCACUAGGAAUCAAUAUGAAUGUCGUUCAUCUGGAGAUUGUAUAGCAGUAUAUAAUGUAUGUGAUGGUAUACCACAGUGUGCUGAUGGAUCUGAUGAAGCAGCAGAUGCAUGUCCUACAGAAAAACCAACAGUUUUUCCUUCUGUGAUUCAAGGAGCUCAACCACCUCUAUCACCAUAUCAACAGAUGAUUGAUCGACAUAAACCUUAUGCUCCACUGUAUCCUCAUAUUCCAGAAAUUAAUUCUUGGAAACUGCCUAGUUUAGCUCAACAAAUGAUUCCACCUCACCUCCUGUAUCCAGCUCGACAAAUGGAAGGUGCUCCAGGAUAUCAAUGGGAUUAUCAACCCAUGUAUGAUCAAAAUAAAGGCAUUUACAAUUCUUAUCGCGAGCAGGGCAAUUUAAAUCCUUCUGAACUGGUACAUAUUUAGAUGUAAAACACCCUUACACAUCGUAUUUUCUAUCAUCGAACAGAGGCCUAUGGCCUAACAAUCAAGUUUAUCCAUCUUCAUCUCCAUCUCCAAUAUCGAAUGUACAACAAAAGCAAAUAAUUGAAAUAGAAAAGAAUGUUAUCACAACAACACCUCCUUGUGAUACUUCACACGAACAAAAAGAUGUUCCAUUAAAAAGUCAAGAAAUUGGAAAAAUCGGUCAGCAAAGGGACGAACGUACACACGAAAAAGAAAUUAGUCAGAAUAAACAAAAUGCACUAAAAAAUGAAACUCUGAAAUUUAAUCAUGUUCAAGCAAAGGAAGCGAAAGAACAUAAAAGUGUAAUAGUUAUAAAACAUCAUAGUAGAGAGCACGGAAGAAAUACAAUUGCAGAGCAUUUGAAACAAGCAAAUGAAAAUGAAGUUUUAAAGCCUAGGGGAGCUGUCAUAUCGCUGGCUUUAGGACUCACAAUAACAGCUAUUACAGCUACAUUAAUUGCUUGCCGAUUGCGAGUUGUUCAAAGACGCGGAAGACGACACGGACCAUAUGCUCAUGAUGCAGAUUAUUUAGUAAAUGGAAUAAUGAGUUCUAAGAUAAAGCGUAAUACGAAAAUUUACUUUGAAAAGAUUUUAAUAGAUUUAACGAUGCAAGCGAACGCAAUAAUUCAUACAGCCUUGUUUAAGAAGAGAGAGAACUACCAGCUUAUAACAAAAUUAUAUUUAUAUAUAACUUUUACAACCAUACAAUGCAAAGGUACAUAUGAUUCUUGAUGAUAGAAUCAUUGUUUUCAAGAUUAUAGUAAUUAGCUAUUCCAAAAAAAAUUGUUACUAUGUCGUUUUUAUACCUUAAUUGUAUUAACAAAGAAGCUAGAUAUCAAAGUAUUUCUAAAAAGAAUUGUUCUCUUAUUUCAUAUUAACAUAUGUUUCUAGACAAAGGAUACAUGUAGCACGUACAUUUACAAUUAGAUUAAUCUAUACUAUUGGAUACAGUGGAAAUAUAUAAAAAUUGUUACAUCAUUACAAUUGUAUUAUAUAUAAAACAUUUUCUGUACUUAAUUUUCUUUCUAAAUACUAUGAUAUUAUUGAUUUAACCAAACCCAACAACUUGUAUAAAAUAUUAACAAAAUAAUGGAAGCUUUAAAUACUUUAAAUGCUUUUCAUUAACAUUUCUUCUAUGUAACUAUUUUCAGUAAUACUAAAAUAUUAAGUUAACUAGAACUUUAAAAAAGUUUACUUAGAGAAAGGAAAUAGUUUUUAAAAUUUUUUUAUAUUUUAUGGAUAACUGAUCUCUUAAUAUAAUUUUCACUUAAAUAAAUAAUUAUAUUUUAUUUAAAAAAUCAAGUUUUAAUUACACGUAACGCUUUUCUCCAAUAUAUAUUUUAUCAAUUGUAUAUCUAAAAAAAUUAUUUUAGUACUAUUUUUUUCAGAUAUGAAUAUUAAAUAA